CAGCAAAGUUUCCCUUCUCCGAGGGAGAGAGGCGAACAUGGCAGCGUGGUGGUGGCUCCGGUGUGUUUCUGCCAUCAUGGUGGUGGCGCUGCUGCUCAUUUCUAGGGCCCCCUCGGCCUCUGCCCAGAGAAAGAAAGAGAUGGUAUUAUCUGAAAAAGUUAGUCAGCUGAUGGAAUGGACUAAUAAAAGACCCGUAAUAAGAAUGAAUGGAGACAAAUUUCGUCGCCUUGUUAAGGCUCCACCAAGAAACUACUCCGUUAUUGUCAUGUUCACUGCUCUCCAGCUUCAUAGACAGUGUGUCGUGUGCAAGCAAGCUGAUGAAGAAUUUCAGAUCCUGGCAAACUCCUGGCGAUACUCCAGUGCGUUUACGAAUAGGAUAUUUUUUGCUAUGGUGGACUUUGAUGAAGGUUCUGAUGUAUUUCAGAUGCUAAAUAUGAAUUCAGCUCCAACUUUCAUCAACUUUCCUGCAAAGGGAAAACCCAAACGGGGUGAUACAUAUGAGUUGCAGGUGCGUGGCUUUUCAGCUGAGCAGAUUGCCCGGUGGAUUGCUGACAGAACUGAUGUCAAUAUUAGAGUAAUUAGACCCCCAAAUUAUAUUGGUCCCCUUAUGUUGGGAUUGCUCUUGGCUGUUAUUGGUGGACUUGUGUAUCUUCGAAGAAGCAAUAUGGAAUUUCUCUUCAAUAAAACUGGAUGGGCUUUUGCAGCUUUGUGCUUUGUGCUAGCAAUGACAUCUGGUCAAAUGUGGAACCAUAUAAGAGGACCACCGUAUGCUCACAAGAAUCCCCACACAGGACAUGUGAAUUAUAUCCAUGGAAGCAGCCAAGCCCAAUUUGUUGCUGAAACACACAUUGUUCUUCUGUUUAAUGGUGGGGUUACCUUAGGAAUGGUGCUUUUAUGUGAAGCAGCUACAUCUGACAUGGAUAUUGGAAAGCGAAAGAUAAUGUGUGUGGCUGGUAUUGGACUUGUUGUAUUAUUCUUCAGUUGGAUGCUAUCUAUUUUUAGAUCUAAAUAUCAUGGAUAUCCAUACAGCUUUCUGAUGAGUUAAAGGGAUACCAGUGAUAUCUAGACAUUGGAGUAAUAUAAAUCGAAAAAUGAAAACCAUAUGUGUGUUUUUGAAAAGAAGAAUACAAGUUGUGCAUUUUGUAUUACCUCUUUUUUGCAAGUGAUUUAAAUAGUUGAUCAUUUAACCAAAGAAGAUGUGUAGUGCCUUAACAUGCAGUUUCCUGUCAAACUCAUGAAGUAUUUGAAUACCAUUUUCCUUUUAACACUUCCUUCACAGAAAAUUUUAUGGAAAUAUUUAGUGUAGUAGUAUUAACCAUAGUCUAAAAAAUUUUUUUAAAUAUUCUUUUAAUUAAAUCAAGGUUCAGAACUGCUUUCGUUAACUUUUGGUCAUCUGAUUUUAUGUUGUGUUACCCAUAAGUAGGGGGAAAAUCCUGACCAGUUGUGCUUGCAUGUACCUGUUACAAAUAACUACAUCAGGAAUUUAUUCUUAGCUUUUUCAUCUUUGCAUGGAUGUAUGUAUUUUGCACAUACUUCCUUUUGGGAAGAGAAAUCAUGUGCUAUGUGUUCUUCUGAAAAUGGGACACCGUUCUUCAGAGUACAUGCCAAGCCUUUAGGAAAAACUAGCCAAUCCUCCUCUUCUUCCUCUUCGCUCUCCCUGCUCUCUACUGAAUUAUAGUGCUAUCCAUGCUUUUUGGUAGCUGUGAAAGUUGAAAAGUAUCUUUAAUAUAGGAAUAUGAUUUCUGCAUGAGUGUGUUUUUGACUGUCUUAUGUUGAGGAAGAUUUUUGAUUCAGUCACCCAUGUUAUUUAAAGUGGAUCUGUCUUUAAUAAAAAAUGUAGCCUAGUAUUAAAAUCAGUGUAACUUUAAAAUGACCUAAAAUGGUUCUGCAAACUAGAGAUUAUCAUGUAUUUUUACCCCAGAGGGAAAAAAUAGGCUAAUUCAGUUGAUUUCUGUAUUAGAAUUGUAACAUAUUUCAUUUCCUCUUAUAUUGAGGAAAAGGGCUCCUCUAUAUUGACAAAAAAUACCUGUGAAAACUGUAAUACUGAGCUGUUGCCUGUGAGGAAAAAGUAAAUGUUUCUUGAAAACUG